UCCGUUCCACUAGGUGAAAACGCGGUAGGCCCUCACGUCCUGGCCAACGCCCCUCCGCUUUUCAUUCCUUUCAUUGGGGUGACCCAAAGUGAAAGAAGAGUUCGAGAGUUAACCGCUGCUUCGGGCGAUUUUUUUUUUUUUUUAAAAAAGUGCCUCGUGUUUGUUUCUUUUUGCGGUUUUCUUUCCAAACGGGUUAAACCUUAACUUAAGACGUUCCCGGCAGCUGCAGUUUCUUUCCGUCUCCAGCUGCUCUUUAUUUUUAGACGACCGGUGGGUGCAGUUGGGGCAGUUAGUUGACUGUGCGCUCAGAGAGACCUUCGCAGGAUGGCAGACACGACCCAGAGCGGUUCCUCCGGCUCCGGCCCCUCCUGCUUGCAGAGGUUCAGGAGCUACGCGCGCACGCAGAAAGGAGGCAUUCUGAUCGCCGAAAUCGUCAUUAGUGUGGUGGUCAUCAUCUGCUAUGCAGCCUCUCGCUACGGAGGCUUCUCCACAGUGCCCAUCGUCGAGCUGGUGCUGGCUGUCGUGUACUUCAUCAUCUUCAUGAAUGGUCUGGAUGCCCAGAUUCAGUUUAUCAGCUGGGUUUGGAGUGACUUUUUACGGGCUUUGAUUGGUGGCGUCCUCUACCUCGUCAUUGCUUUGAUCUGCGUGAUUGGUGGAGCGGGAGAUGGAGCGCGCAUCGCAGGCGGGGUGUUUAGUUUACUGGCAACCAUCCUGUUUGCUUAUGACACCUACAUCACCUUCAGGGCCAUCAAAAGUAGCUCAAGCGCACGACAUACUGGAGCCCCCACAGAUGAGUUUGCUUAAGAGGCUCCACUGCCCCAUGAGUAAGCAAAACAGGAGGAUCCAGCGGUGGCACCGGCAAUGCUGAGUAAAGGAAAGAAGGGAAUCGAGCAGAGAGGACAGAAUCCAGGUGAGCGUACAACAGAACCGACAGCACCAAACCAAAUGAUGGACAUCAACAGGAGUUUUGAGUCAUAUCAAAGAGCUGGUCACAAUGGACUGAUUGGUGAUGGACGGUUUAUCUCAACACCUUGGCGGAGCUGAGUGUCCACCUCAGCAACCCUUUUCACUGUUUUUGUUGUUGUUGAUCAUUUACUGCUUACACUGUCAGAAGUGUUACAAUGCUCAGAAUACCCAACACUAUAAUGAAAGCUUUGAUUUAAAAAGUUUUGACGCAGCUUAAUUCACCUUGCCGGGUGCUUUCCUUGUGGCACAACUUGAACCGAAACGUAAAAUAUUCCCUGGAAACGAAAUUCACGUUCACUUGUUAUAAAUUGCUCAAUGCUUUAAGUAAUCAUCAAAAUAAAUGGGAAAAUAUUUUAGGCUCAAUUAUAUUGUUCCAUUGUCUCAUUGAGUUCAUCUCAGUCCUCAUAUUCAUGUUAGAUUACACCUAGGUAAAUUUAUAACCUCACCAAAAAUAUUCCCCAUAUCACCGUUAGUUUUAUCAGGCAUCCAGUUGCUUGGUCAAAAUUUCAUUCUUUUUCUAUAAAGCUGUUUAUAUUAUUCAGCUUCUGCUUAGAAUAGUGUUUUAUAAAAUAUUAUAUACUUCAUGUACCUGGAGGGAAAAAUUAAGAUACCCUUUCCCCAGGCACAUUUCAUAAGUAUCUGUACUUGACCUACUGAGUUCACAAUUUUUACACUGAUUUCAG